AUGGCCGAAAUUCCCAAAGUCCAAACCGUUGCUCUAGUUCGUGAAAUCGGCGGCCCUGUCGAGUUCCCCGAGGACUAUCCUGUUCCUACUCCCGGAAAUAACGAGGUGUUGGCUAAAGUCCUCUACACUGGGGAAGGCACAGCUUCCGGGCUCGAUGGAGUCCCUAUUACCAAGUUGAGAUUUCCACACAUUGGCGGCCAUGAAGGCGUAGGGCGUAUUGUGGCUCUAGGACCAGGUUGUGGAUCAGACUUGAAACUCGGAAGCCUUGUCGGGAUCCGUUUCAACAGUCGAGUAUGCAGACGAUGCGAGUUCUGCCUUGCUGGAACUGAACAAUAUUGUGUGAAAAGCACGACCCAUCUUCUUCAUGAGGAUGGGAGUUUCCAGCAGUAUAUCGCUCUUGAUGCAGAUUACUUGACCAUCCUUCCGGAUGAUGUUGAUCCUAAGCUUAUAGGCCCCGUACUGUGUGCUGGGAUCACUGCAUAUAAGGCUGUACUAGGAACAAACAUUAGAGCCGGAAGCUGGCUUGUCGUCGUUGGCGCAGGCGGAGGCCUGGGACAUUUAGCAGUCCAAUACGCCAAAGUCCUCGGGGCCCAAGUAAUUGGGGUCGAUGCACCCAAUAAACGCGACUUGGUUCUCGACGUCGGUGCCACAGAGUUCGUCGACUUCGUCAAUACAGACCCCGUUCAGCGCGUUCACGAAAUUACUGGCUCAGGCGCACAUUCUGUGGUCGUCACAGCCGGGAGUGCGAGCGCCUUUGCCCGUCCCAGUGAACUCGCCGGCCUCGAAUCCAGCCCCUCUAUGCUCUUCACCUCCUUCACCUCUACAACAGCCUGGACACUCGGACUAGCGCUCCGCGACCGCAUCCUAUCUCUCCCCUCCGCGCAGCGCAAACCAGCCCUAAUCUCCAUAACGCUGGCGGGUGGGCUCGAGCCUCACGUCGUCUUCCAGUGCGCAACAGAACCAGGCACCGUGGCGGACAAUGACAACUGGGUACGGCGGAAGCGGAACACCGUGCUGCGCUGGGGCGUGUCGAGCUGGCUGAUGAGACAGAAGAUGAUUGCUGGGCGGGGAGGUAGUGUGGAUGGCGUUGAGGAGGCGUUUGUGGGGAAAUAUGCGCUUGUGAGCUCGAGUGGUGGGCAGACGGCGGAUGAGUAUGCGAUUCAUGGUGGCGCGUUUCCCGUUAGGGUAAAGGGUGUGGAUGGUGUUGUGGGUGUUAUCGUUGUAAGUGGGUUGAAGCAGGAGGAUGAUCAUCAGGUCAUUGCUGAGGUUGUGAGGGGGUUUAUUGGCGUGGGAAAUUAGGUUAGAAGCUAAAGUAUUGUAUACAACUUGCACUGCCAGGAAUGGAUAUAAUGAAUUUAAUACAUAUUGUAUUUAGGUAUUUAGGUAUCAUGCUACUAGUCCUAUCUUAUAAUAAGGGAAUAGGCU